CCAGGCUCAUCUCAUGAGUGGCUAUCCUCCCUGAGAUGUCUGCCCAGCUUGUCCUCGACACACAAGCUGGCACCAAAGAAGAAAGACGAACGGUUUUGCUCGACCAUCGAAGGGCACUGUAAGCGAGAAGCAUAGAUGGAUGUCCAUAGGGUCCCAACCCACGUCAAGACCAGAAGUCGACUUCCAGUGGAACGCACCCAGCUUCAUGGCGAGUCUGGCUACAACCAAAGUCGGAUGCCCGCAAAACCGGCUGAUUUUCCUCAACAUGCUUUUGCUAGAAACCGCUGCUGCCGGUCUGCAGGAUCGCCUGGAUGGCUAUGCCAACGACUCUCCGAUGAACUACAUCCCUGGACGCACCGACAUAAAUACUCUUACAGAGACCGUAACAACGACCCUGGUUGUUCAAGCACAGGAUAUCUCACUCUUCCAAGCAGGUUUCGGCAGCACAGGCCAAUGGACAAAGAUGCCCGCCAUCCACCCCCUCAUGUCAUCGCUUUCGAACAACCUUGCCGGCGCUGCACAUUCCGCCCCGCCUGGCAUCCCGGCAACAAACGCUACACACGACACCCUCACGGCCGCGAGCCCCGCCAUGGAAGCCCUCGCGCGCUCCGCGGCAGCAGCAUCGGGCGGCGACAUUCUGAACGACGCUGCCCCGAAUAACAACGACAUAGCGACCGGUGCCGCCGCCGCCGCCACGGCCACUGCGACACCGACUUGCAUUCCCUCUGAUCCCGGUGACGUCUCUUGCGCCACUGAUGGCGUGACCAAGGGCACAUGGGUCGGCGGGGGCGCCCUGGCCAUAUGCCUGCUCGCCAUGCUCGGGGUUGCGCUGUAUGACUUGUCCUACAGGGCGAGGCGCUGGAGCUUCCCGCCAGAGUGGUACAAGAACAUGCGAGCUGAACGGCGCGCGGCCAAAGAGCGCCGACUGAAGAAGUUGCGGGAGGCGAAUGGGGAAGCUGGACAGGAGGUGCAAGAGGACAUGGUUGUGGUAGUAGUGGUUGAUGAGAAGGUGGUGGAGGAGCAGGACAGCCAGCACCAGCACCAGCAGCUGGAGCUGCGGCAGACGACUUCCAGUUCUGCCUAUUCGUCAUCGACGGCAACAGAGGACUUGGCGGCUUUCUCCCGCGGGGAGUAUCCAUAUCCGAGCGUCUACGAAGAUUACGAGACGGAGGACGAUGACGCUGCCAGCUCUUCGGGGAGCGAGGUGCAUCGACGGACUGGUGAGGCAGGGCAUCGCUGGGGAUUGUACUGCGCGCAAUGCGGUGGCGGCGAGGACUGUUCGUGCUGAGGCAAAGGUCGAUUUUCGCAUUCUAGAUCUGGGUGGAAUCAAUAGUAGCGGUGGAUUCUCUUGAGGUGGCCUCGCGUGUACUGCGAGAUACUAUGUAUCGGCUCAUUGCAAUACUCUCAGUUGUCCUGUGCAAACGCG